AUGGUGAAGAUAGUGACGUACAACGUGAACGGGCUGCGGCCGCGGGUGGCGCAGCACGGCUCGCUCCGCCGCCUCCUCGACGCCCUCGACGCCGACAUCAUCUGCUUCCAGGAGACCAAAUUGUCAAGGCAGGACCUAUCUGCAGAUGUCAUUAUGGCUGAAGGAUAUGAGGCCUUUGUUUCAUGCAAUCGCUCUUCAAAAGGUCGUGGAGCAUACUCUGGUGUUGCAACAUUUUGCCGAGUAACAUCAUCAUUUUCCAGCCAGGAGGUUGCUUUGCCAGUAGCAGCUGAAGAAGGCUUUACUGGACUUCAGGACUAUGCAAAAAAUAGUGAAACUGUUGGGGAUUUCAUUAUUGCAAUGCCUGUCGAGGAGGAGGGUCUUGGUGAAAUCACAAGAGAGGACCUCCUAAGGGUGGACAAUGAGGGGCGGUGCAUCAUCACUGAUCAUGGGCAUUUUGUUCUUUUCAACAUAUAUGGCCCAGCUGUUGAAGAAGAUGACAAAGAGCGGGUUCGUUUUAAGCUACUGUUUUACAAGAUACUGCAGAAAAGAUGGGAACAUCUAUUGGCUCUUGGAAAGAGAGUCUUUGUUGUUGGUGAUUUGAAUAUUGCUCCUGCUUCUAUAGACAGGUGUGACGCGCCACCUGGCUUUGAGAAGCAAAUGUUCCGAGAAUGGCUGAGAUCCAUGCUGAGAGAACACGGAGGUCCCUUUUUUGAUGCUUUUAGAUCAAAACACCCUGAAAGGAUAGGAGCGUAUACUUGUUUUAAUCAGAAAAUUGGUGCUGAAGAGUAUAAUUAUGGCUCUAGAAUAGACCACAUUCUCAUUUCCGGUUCCUGUCUCCAUCACUGUGAUUCUGUGGAGGACCAUAGCAUUUUUUGUUGCCAUGUAGAAGAAUGUGAGAUAAUGAAUCAUUUCAAAAGAGGGAAUUCUGAAAAUUUAUCAAAGUGGAAAGGGGGAAGAAGUAGUAAGCUAGAAGGAUCUGAUCAUAUUCCAGUUUAUAUUUUACUGAAAGAAAUACCUGAACUUCCAGUUCAUAAUAUCCCGCCAUCAGCUGCAAGAUAUCUUCCAGAGGUCCGUGGACGGCAACAAAGUAUUGUAUCAUUCCUUGGUAAAGGGAAAAUUUAUGAGCUGCAAAAUGCUGCAAAUUUGAUUCAGUCCGAACAUACAGUAGUCGGUUGCUACUGUAGUGAUGGCUUGGAGAAUACAAUUAUAGCUAAGGAAGGACUAACAACUGGUAUAACUGAGUUUGCAAAAGGUCGUAACCUUCCUAGUUUGACGUGCAAGGGGACAAAUCUUGAUCAAUGGACAAAUGAAGGUUUGAUUGGCGUCUCUCAUAGCAGCCAGAAAGCUUCACUGUCUAGCGCCAAGUUUGUGCAAAAAAAGAAAAUUAAAUGCAACUUAUCGUCUCAACCAACAAUCAAGUCGUUUUUUGAGCGACCAGGGUCAAAGACAGUAAAUGCCAGUACCAGUACCUUAGUUACUCCAGCAGAAGCAUUAGACCUUACAAAUCAAACAUGUGUUUCAAAUGAUGAUAGUCUGCCUGAAAACAUGCAGUGCACAACGUCAGCUGCAAAAGAUCAGGAUAAUACAAAUGUAUCAUCCUGUUCACUUUCAACGUCAGCUGCAGCAUUAGAGUGGCAGAGAAUACAACAAAAGAUGAAGAUGACACUACCACGUUGCAAAGGGCAUAGUGAACCAUGCAUUCCGAGAUCUGUGAAGAAGGGCCCUAAUAUAGGCCGUUUGUUCUAUGUUUGUGCUCGUGCUCAGGGGCCUGCAUCAAAUCCAGAAGCAAAUUGUGGCCACUUUCAGUGGGCACCUGGAAAGUCCAAAGAGAAGAGCUCUAAAGGGAAACGUCAGUGA